AUGAUUCGAGAUCUAACUAACACUUUUACAGUGAAUAAUCUUCAGUUGAAUACAAACGAAUUAGUUGAAAGAUUUUGGUCUUUAGACUCCAUUCCGGAAGUCAAACGUAUUUCAAGUGAAGAUAAAAAAUGUGAAGAGUUCUUUAAAACAACACACUUCCGUGAUCAAAAUGGUCGUUAUGUAGUGAAACUUCCAUUUAAAGAUAACCCUUCAAGGUUGGGUAAUUCUAAAGAUCUUGCUUUACAAAGAUUUAAAUCUUUAGAGAGAAAUCUCUUAAGAUCUCCUGAUACAUAUGAUAUGUAUAAACAUUUCAUGAAGGAAUACUUGGAUCUCGGGCACAUGGAACCAGUUCAUAGUUCAGAGUUCCCAAGUCAGACAUAUUUCAUGCCACAUCAUGCAAUAAUUAAGGAAUCUAGCUCUACAAGCAAAGGAUGUGUGGUAUUUAAUGCUACUAGUAAGUCUUCAUCAGGACUAUCUCUUAAUGACAUAUUGAUGACAGGUCCUGGAAUACAAGAGCUGUUUCCAGUUUUGAUCAAUUUCAGUCUAUCCUUUAGCUUCGGAGGCCGUACUUCAAAACAUUUUGUAGGUGACUGUUUGGUAUGUGCUUAA